UACAGCAUUCACGAAUCUUUUUCCUAAUAAUAAUCCCAUAAUAAUAAUAAUAAUCCUAACCUAAUCGCAUUACCAAAAUUGUUAAAAAAAGAAAAUCCAAUUACGAAACACUUGGCCGGUACAGAUUAGAUGCUGCAGUCGCCGGCCAUGAAAUCUGUGAGUUCCACGUCAGCAGCUGUACCUCUCUCUACUCGUCUCGUACCAACAACUCUCCGACCUCUAUAUCGAGCUCGCCUUCACAACAACCUUAAUCUGAGAAGAUUGAGAAAUGGAACUUGCAGGGCAGAGUUUGCAAACGAUGUGCCUUACGCGGCCGCUAUCGGUGCUUGCAUUUUAAGCUCGUGGGUUUUCCCGACUAAGUACUCGGAGGAUGACGAUGGUGAAUCUACGAUCGAUUCUGCUGAUGCAAGGUUUGCUGUCAUGGGAAUUAUCAGCAUCAUUCCAUAUUUUAAUUGGAUGAGUUGGGUUUUCGCGUGGUUGGAUACUGGGAAACCACGUUAUGCUAUUUAUGCUCUUGUGUAUUUGGCUCCAUAUUUAAGCACCAAUCUGUCUCUAUCUCCUGAAGAUAGCUUGCUACCCAUUGCUAGCAUCCUCUUGUGCAUCUUCCACAUUCAGAAAAUUUCAUCUGGUUCCAGCUGGAAGCAUUCAAAAAAGAUGACUUCCAGGCGUUGGAUAAAUUUACAGAGACUGGAAAGCAUAUGUCAGAAAAGGAGGAAACAUACGAUCUUAAGAAGUUGCCUUCAGCUGAUGAGAUAAAGAGGUGGGAAAUUUCUAGAAGACCUGAAAAUCCAGAGCACUUGAAUGAAGAUGGAGAAGAUAUUAGUGAAAAGAAGCACUAAAUUUGCCUGUUUAAGGCUGAGUUUUGACGAGCCGAACGCCAUACUUGGAAGGAGCACUAUCAUACGCUGAAUAAACAAUAAGCAGUACACAAAACGGAUUGAUCUUAACGUGCUAUGAUUCAACUCUGCACCGACUAUCUAUAUGGUCUCUUAUCAAGAUUGGACAAGGGCCUACUAUCUUUUCGCAGCUGUAGUAUGACUGCUUUAUCUUAGUACUCUAGUGGUGUUGCUGGGUUUUCUCCGCCUCGUGCUAUUUCUCAUCUUGGGUUCUAUUUGGAUCACUCCUGAUGGUGACACAGCUGAGCGUUGUAUUCUUAGUAUUUUUACGCUGAAUUGUGUAAUUUCGUUGUGAAGAGCUCUUGUCAGUUGUAUCUGGAAUGUUUUGAUCUGCAAUUUCUUGAUUCUCCUGCAUUUGCAGAACAUUUAUUUAGCACUGUUUCAUAGUUACAAUAAGGUUUAAGAGUGAUA